UUCAUUCUUCACCACUCCAUUUAUUCAUCGCUAAUUCCCACUCCAAGAAAAAUAAAAUGUUAUAUUAGUUGCUACUAGAAACAAGACGAUAUCCUCCAUUGCUAUUUUUUGGACAUUUUUCAAUAGUUUUGCGCAUCUUAAGCUGCCCUUUGACCUUUGUUACCAGACAAGUUUGUCUAUUCCUCAAAACUCUGAACUUCAAUCUCUUCCAUCCAUUGGUCCAACGUCGUAUUUAACGCAAAACCAUACAAAUAAAUGUCCCUCUAUUUUUCUUUUCCCUUCUAUAAAUGUCCUAUUGCAUUCUUCCUCUGCCAAUAACAACCUCGUACAAAAACAAUGGAGAUGUCUAAUAAAAAAACAUCUCCAUUCCUUUCCUUCUUGUUCAUUUCAGCUAUCUUUAUUCAAUGUUUUCCUUAUGUUUCCUCCAUAGGUGUUAACUAUGGCACCCUUGGCAACAACCUACCUCCACCAUCUCAAGUUGCUCAAUUUCUCAAAGAUAAAACCAUAAUUGACAAAAUCAAGAUUUUCGAUGUUAAUCCAGAUAUCUUAAGAGCUUUUGCCAACACAGGAAUCUCAGUUACUGUCACUGUCCCAAAUGGUGAAAUUCCCAAAUUGUUGGACAUAGGCUAUGCUAAGAGUUAUGUGGAAGCAAAUAUUAAGCCAUUUUAUCCACAAACCAAAAUUGAUGUCAUUGCUAUAGGAAAUGAGAUUCUCCAUUGGGAAACACCAGAAGUACAAAAUAAAUUAGUCCCUGCAAUGAGAACCUUUUAUCAAGCACUAACUCAAUCUGGAAUUAAUACAAUCAAAGUAUCAACACCACAUUCUUUAGGAAUUUUAUUAUCAUCAAAUCCACCAAGUAUGGCUAGAUUUAGACCAGGAUGGGAUGUUGGUAUUUUAGCACCAAUGUUACAAUUUUUACGCGAAACGAAAGGACCUUUUAUGGUGAAUCCAUAUCCAUAUUUUGCUUACAAUCCACAACAAGUUGAUUUCCUUUUGUUUAAACAAAACAAGGGAGUUUUUGAUAGGUUUAGUAAGAAAAUGUACACAAACAUGUUUGAUAUGUUGUUGGAUUCUGUGUUUAUGUCAAUGAAGAGACUUGGUUAUGGAGAUGUGGAAAUUAUUGCAGCUGAAACAGGUUGGCCUUCUUUAGGUGAAAGUUUUGAGCCACAAUGUACUGUGGAAAAUGCAGCUUCUUAUAAUGGUGGAUUACUUAGGAAAUAUGUUUCUGGGGCAGGGACACCAUUGAUGCCACAUAGGAAAAUUGAGACAUAUAUUUUUGGUUUGUUUAAUGAGAAUACUAAACCAGGUUCUGCUGCUGAGAGGAAUUUUGGGUUGUUUAGGCCUGAUUUUACACCAGUUUAUAAUAUUGGAAUCAUGAAAGGAGAGCCACUGCCAUUGCCUCUGCCACCAAAGCCUCUUCCACAACCAGCAUUGCCACAGCCACAACCAGCAUUGCCACAGCCAAGGGGAGCAAGACAUCCCGGAAAGCCUCAUGUUCCAAGACCAGGAAAGCCAGCGCCGAAACUCCCUGCACAGCCAAUUCCAAAACCAGUUCUAGGCAACAAAUUCUGCAUGCCAAAACCAGAGGCUACUGAUGCACAAUUACAAGCCAAUAUAGACUGGAUAUGUACUAAUCAAGGUGUGGAUUGCCGCCCUGUUCAAGCUGGAGGUCUUUGCUUUAACCCCAACACUGUUAGGUCUCAUGCUGCCUUUGUCAUGAAUUCUUACUACCAAACUAAGGGCCGCAACGACUUCAACUGUGACUUCUCAGGUUCUGCUGUCAUCGUCUUUGCUGAUCCAAGUUAUGGUACAUGCAAAUACCUAUCUUGAGUUUUAUGGCCAGCAAAGGAAGAUUUUGCAGCUACUCCAACAUUUGAAGGAUUAGUUUUGACACAUUAAGAUUUUGUUUUAAUAUACUAUGUACUUUGAUUUUUACAAACUAAUCUAAUCUUGUUGAUGUGUAGUAUGUAUUUAUGGCUACUAGUGUAAAUGAAAAAUGGUGCCUACUUCAUUUGUCAUGA